AUGGCUGCACGCCUUUCCACGCAAUCGGAGCAACCCGAGACACAAAAACAACAAAGGCUUCACACGCCUCAGUGGGUCUCGCUUGUAGCCGGAGGAAUUGCCGGCAGUGUGGAAGCGACAGUCACCUAUCCAUUCGAGUAUUCCAAAACUCGCGUUCAGCUAUUGAAACAUGGCGCAGUCCAAACAUCGAAUCCAUUGCGCCUGAUCUAUCAAGUCGCUCGGCAGGAAGGUAUUGGUGCUUUAUACACCGGAUGCUCUACUCUCGUCAUUGGCACCACAGCCAAGGCUGCAGUCCGGUUUGUAUCAUACGACACUAUCCGCAAUCUCCUUUCAGAUGAACGCGGUGUCCUCUCGGCUGGCCGGGGUAUGCUGGCAGGACUGACUGCAGGCGCUGUAGAAAGUGUGCUGGCGGUCACACCGACCGAGAGAAUCAAAACAGCAUUAAUCGACGAUGCAAAAGGCGCUCGACAAUUCAAAUCCAGCCUCCAUGCCACGUCCGUGUUAGUCCAAAGGCACGGCAUCGCUGAGAUCUAUCGUGGUCUUUUAUCUACGACGCUCAAGCAAUCAGCAACCUCUGCAGUCCGCAUGGGGACAUAUAAUAUACUGAAAGAGGCUACCAAAUCCCGAGGCAUUACGCUAAACGUGUUCACGACGUUUGGCGUUGGCGCCAUCGCUGGAGUUGUCACGGUAUACGCGACGCAGCCCUUCGAUACGAUCAAAACACGGGCCCAAAGCGUCCAUGGGGCUGGUAUGGGCGAAGCCAUUCGAAGCGUUAUUCGUGACUAUGGAGUCCGGGGUUUCUGGAAGGGAAGUUCCAUGCGAUUGGGCCGACUGCUAUUGAGCGGUGGUAUUGUUUUCUCCGUCUAUGAAGAAAUAUCCGCCAUUCUUUCUCCCGGAACACAUAGAUAG